CGUCUGGCUGGUCUAUCGUGUACGUAUGAUAAUCAUCAAUUCUCUGCUGGCUGAUUAUCACACGUACACGAUAGACCAGCCAGACGAUCACACAACACGCAGUGAUUCUCCGCGAGCAUCCCGGAAUCGUACUUGAAUAUCCGGGCCCUACACGUACAUACAAUCGUGUAUCUACGUGUAAAUAACUUAUAACCUGUAACUACUGUAGUGAAUCCUGUAGUGUUACUAGUGUUGCGUUAUUGAGAAGAUCAUUCUGUUCGAAGUACUUUUGCUUUAUUUAUAUAAGAAUCAGGUUUCUACUUCUAAUAAUGGACGAAAUAAUGGCUGAGAAUACAUCAGAACUGAGACUGCAAACAGACCCACAGUCUUCGAAAGAGAGUAAAGAGAAAAUAUCAUGGCCAGCAUAUGUAGAGGCAUUCGAGAUGCAGGAAGAAUUGGGAAAUGAGAAAAAUUUAGCACUUUUGUGUAAAAUUUGUAUUGGAAAAAAAAUUAUACAUGCUAGCAGAACUUCAACAGCAAACUUAAGAAAAUAUUUAACUAAAAACAUUAAAAGAAAAACUUUGUCAAACAUAUCUUAAAAUGAAGAGUACCCUAGAAAAAAAGUUAACAGAAAUAGAAAUAGUUGCAACAACGGCAGAUUUAUGGAGCAAGGCGAAAAAAAGUUACUUAGGAAUAACAAUCCAUUGGAUUAAUCCUGAUACUCUCUCUCGACAAUCAGCUGCAUUAGCUUGUCGAAGGCUAAAAGGACGACAUACAUAUGACAAAUUAGCUGAUGCAAUUUACUCGAUUUUUUUGGAGUAUCAUAUUCAAAACAAAAUAUGUUGCACGACAACGGACAACGGAUCAAAUUUUGUCAAACCUUCCAAUAUUUUAAGAAAAGUGAAGAUGAUGAGGACUUUGAGGAAGUGUUUCAUGGUUUAAGUGAUCUUUUAAAUGUGGACGAUGUAGAAAAUGUAGAUGCAGAAAAUUUAUUGACACUUCCACCACAUCAUAGAUGUGUCAGCCACACUUUGAACCUUGUCGCAGUGAAAGAUUCUGAGAAAGCUUUAGACAGCGAUGCAGUAUACAAGAAAAAACAUAGAGUGACAUUUGCCAAAUUAGUAAAAUUGUGGAAUAAACAAAACCAAUCUACACAAACAGCAGAUAAAAUAAACGAAAUUUGUGGUGUAUACUUAAAAACUCCCGUUAUUACCAGGUGGAACUCUACCUUCGAUUGCUUAACGCAACUAAUAAAGUUAUUAAAAAAUAAUUCUGAAAAAGUCAAUCAAUGUUUUGAUCAUUGCGUUUUGCAAAGAUUAACAGAAGAUGAAAUUAAAUUCAUAGAAGAGUACUGUCAGAUUAUGGAUCCUUUGGCACGGGCCAUAGACGUAUUACAGAAAGAAUCGGGAAUGUAUAUGGGAUAUUUAUUGCCCGUCUUGCAAACAUUACAAGAAAGAUUAGAAAAAUUUGAUAAAAGUGGAAUUAUACAUUGUCAAUCACUAAUCACAGCUAUUCAAGAAGGUUUAAAUAAAAGAUUUUCCACAUUAUUCGAAAAGAAGGAAUUGAUUGUCGCAAUUUGCCUACACCCAAAAUUCAAAUUAAACUGGUUACAUGGAGAAAGAAAAAAAGUGGCUAAAGGUUAUUUAGAAGACUUGCUAGGAGUUAAUAGUUCUGAUGACAGUUCCCCAGAUGUUAAUGAAGAUAAUGACGACUUUUUCGAUUUGAACAAACAAGUUAAGGAAGUUGAAUCCUUACAAGAGGAAUUGUACCGUUUCCUAAAAUCAAACGCUUUGCAUGUAAAUAUGUUGAACGAUUAUCCCAGAAUAAGAAAAUUUUUUAUUAAAUAUAACACGGCACUGCCCAGUAGUGCAUCGGUUGAACGAAUGUUCAGCGUUAGUGGUUCUGUAGUAACACCACAGAGAGGAAAACUUAAUGAUAAUACAAUGGAAUACCAAACUCUUUUAAAAAUAAACAAAAAUUUUUAUUAAAG